GUUUAGCCAAAGCCAUCUGGAUUCAACCACUGCGCCGCACCAUUGGUGACUGGUCACAUUUUCUCCCUGGCGCUUACGGUAUAUCCCCGGCAGCAAGUGAAUGAUUGCUGCUCGUCGGACACACCAGCAGCUCGUUUAGUAGUACCAGAUGUCACGGUAAACCAAAGCUCCAAAAGGGCCAUCUCGGUGUGACCACUGACCAGAGCGGCGCACCAACUGUCAAAUAUUCAGUGCGCUCUCUCUUCCUCUGUCCGAUCCUUCUCUCUCCGACUCCAGAGUCCAGACACACACGUACGCAACCAUGCCUAGAUCCUUCGUGAUCACCGUCUUCGUCGCCGUGAGCACCAUGCUCGCCACCAUGGCGGUGGCGGACACGCCGGCCGACUGCCCGUACCCGUGCCUGCCGCCACCAACCUCAGGAGGAAUCAUCAACAGCUACCCGCCACCGCCACCAGCAGGAACAGGUGGGGGCGACGGCUUCGGCGGCAGCUACCCGCCACCUCCGCCAGGGGGCUUCCAGCUGACCCCGCCCGGGGUCAUGCCGGGGUUCCUCGCGCCGCCGUACAGCGCCGUCCCUGCCGGGCCGGCUCCUCCGCCGCCGAACCCGGUCCUGCCGUGGUUCCCGUGGUACUACCAGCACGACAACCCGGUCACGGGGUCGACCGCGUCGGCGUCCCCGCCACCGGCGGUGCACCGGGGGACGACGUGCAUGGUCACCCUGCUGCUCCAACUGUGUUUGGCGAUUCUUCUUCGGGCGCCAUAGGGUACUUUGUCAGCUUGUUAAUAACCAUGGUGUGUUAAUUACUCCUAGUUGGUACGCAGUGUGUUUCGUUAAUUGAGGUGUUCUUUCGAGUCUUUGUAGCUAGCAUGAGCCCGUAGAAAAGCUUGCAAAUACUGUUCUUAAUUAUAGCUCACACACUGUUGUCAAGCAUAUAGACCACAAGAAUACGUAAUUUUGAAGGUAAUCAUUGUACACAUGGAUGUCCUGUUGCUCUUUGGCAAUUACUGUAUAUAGUUUGGUGAAGAUUGCUCCCGCACUUUAUGCUUAUAUAUAUAUAGUCGAGGUCCCUAUACAGUCUGAA